UAUUACAACCAGUGGUUGGAUUUGGUUAUACCUAUUACUGGACACUGUUUUAGGUGGUCUAUCAGUUGCUACAUAUGCUACACAAGAUAUGUUACAAAACUAUGAAUUCAUACUCUAUUGUAUAAACUUUGCGCUAACUGUUUGUCUAUUAAUCUACUGUACAUUUGCCGAUCAAUUGCCACCAGAAAAUAGCAACAAUUAUACCGACACUGACCCCGACUUAUGGACCAAACAUAGUGUUUAUCCCAAAUCGGGCGCAUCCUAUGCAUCGCACAUAACCUAUCAGUGGUUAAAUCGGCUACUAUUGAAAGGUUGGCUAAACAAGUCACUAGUAAUUGAUGAUCUAUGGGCACUGCGCCGGGAGGACAGUACUCUCUAUAACUAUAAGCGCUUUUUGAAACAAUGGUUACCAUUAUCAUCAUCAUCAGCUAAACAUGUCGACUGUCCUAACGAUUGCCCACCGAAUCAAUACAAUUAUGGACUCCGAUCGGGUAUUAGUCCUCGACAGCGGACGAGUAGCCGAGUUUGCCGAACCCAACAGUUUGCUGGCAAACAAAUUGUCAAUUUUUUAUUCACUGGCCAGUGA